AUGAUGUCUUCGGGGGAAGACGAGGAGCAAGCGGCCGCCGAUGAGCAGGAAAGAACCGACCUAUGGCAGCAGACCCUACAGGCUGCUGUCGCUGCUUCAUCAAACCAGGAUCAGACCAAGAAGAGGCCUCAGCAGCGAAAACCCCUUAGGCAACAAAAUGUCAUAGAAAGAUCUGAACGAUCGUUGUUAUGUUUAUCAUUAUCAAAUCCUAUACGAAAAUUAUGCAUAAGUAUAGUUGAAUGGAAGCCUUUCGAAAUUUUAAUCUUGUUAAUGAUAUGUGCAAAUUGUAUCGCUCUAGCCGUAUAUCAACCAUAUCCAGCCCAGGAUUCCGACUCGAAGAACACGAUUCUCGAGAAAAUCGAAUACGUGUUCAUCAUCGUGUUCACAAUAGAAUGUGUGCUCAAAAUCAUCGCGAUGGGGUUUAUAUUUCACCCGGGGGCCUAUUUAAGGAACGCAUGGAAUAUUCUCGAUUUUAUCAUUGUCGUCAUCGGACUUGUGAGUACGAUUUUGUCGAAAAUGUCGAUUCAAGGAUUCGAUGUGAAAGCUUUGCGAGCGUUUCGUGUGCUUCGACCCCUUAGGCUUGUCUCCGGAGUUCCUAGUUUACAAGUCGUGUUGAAUGCUAUCCUUCGCGCCAUGAUCCCUCUUCUCCAUAUUGCAUUGCUUGUUCUUUUCGUCAUCUUGAUCUACGCUAUUAUUGGUUUAGAAUUAUUCUGUGGAAAACUGCACUCAACUUGUGUGGAUCCCGCAACUGGACAACUCGCUCAAAAGAACCCAACGCCUUGUGGAACCGACGGGAGUGCUUUCAAAUGCCGGCCGUCGGACUCCUUGACUAACAUGGGCGUGAAAUGGGAGUGCUCUAGCAACACUUCUUGGGCCGGUCCGAACAAUGGGAUAACCAAUUUUGAUAACUUCGGGCUCGCUAUGCUCACUGUAUUUCAGUGUGUUUCCCUUGAAGGUUGGACAGAAGUGAUGUACUGGGUGAACGAUGCCGUCGGUCGCGAAUGGCCGUGGAUCUAUUUCGUCACUCUCGUCAUCCUUGGAUCAUUCUUCGUCCUCAAUCUCGUUUUGGGAGUGUUGUCCGGAGAGUUCUCCAAAGAACGAGAGAAGGCGCGUGCGAGGGGAUUAUUCCAAAAGUUUCGAGAAAAACAGCAGCUCGAGGAGGAUCUCAAAGGCUAUUUGGACUGGAUCACACAGGCUGAGGAUAUUGAGCCGGUGAAUGAAGAUGAACAGGAGGACGAACCGACGCAACAGAGUGCGGUCGGUGAAGAAGCCGACGAGGAAGGAGAGGAACGUGUGGAAGAUGUGAGGCCCAGUAAAUGGGCGGCUAGGAUGAAACGAUUAGAAAAGAUGAACCGAAGGUGUCGAAGAGCCUGCAGAAGACUUGUCAAAAGCCAGACAUUCUACUGGCUUGUCAUUCUUCUCGUGUUUUUGAACACUCUUGUACUGACCUCAGAACAUUACGGUCAAUCGGAAUGGCUUGAUCACUUCCAAACGAUGGCUAAUCUGUUCUUCGUGGUUCUUUUCUCAAUGGAAAUGCUUCUGAAGAUGUACUCUCUUGGAUUCACCACCUAUACCACAUCACAGUUCAACCGAUUCGAUUGUUUUGUUGUCAUCAGUUCAAUCCUCGAGUUCGUCUUAGUCUACUUCGAUUUGAUGAAGCCUCUCGGUGUGUCUGUGUUGCGUUCGGCACGUCUUCUGAGAAUCUUCAAAGUCACCAAAUAUUGGACUUCUCUUCGCAAUCUCGUCUCAUCGCUGUUGAAUUCGCUUCGAUCGAUCAUCUCCCUCUUGUUGCUUCUCUUCUUGUUCAUCGUCAUCUUCGCGUUGCUCGGAAUGCAAGUGUUCGGAGGAAAAUUCAAUUUUGCCCCGCAACAGCCGAAACCACGUGCCAACUUCGACACGUUCGUCCAGUCGCUCCUCACCGUGUUCCAGAUUCUCACCGGUGAAGAUUGGAACACCGUCAUGUACCAUGGAAUCGAAUCAUUCGGCGGAGUCGGAACCCUUGGAGUCGUUGUCUGCAUCUACUAUAUCGUUCUAUUCAUCUGCGGUAACUACAUUCUCCUAAAUGUCUUCUUGGCUAUCGCUGUCGAUAAUCUUGCCGAUGCCGAUAGUUUAACGAAUGCCGAGAAGGAAGAAGAGCAACAAGAAUUAGAAGGAGAAGAGGAGGAGUUCGAUGAAGGAGAGGAAGAAGGUGAUGAACAUCUGGAUGCUGAUGAAGGGGAAGGAGACGAGGAAGUGUCGCCAAGGCCUAGGAGAAUGAGUGAAAUGCCGACGACGAAUGUGAUUAAACCGAUUCCGAAAGCAUCAUCCUUGUUCAUCUUGAGCCACACAAAUCCAUUCCGUGUGUUCUGCAAUAAGGUCGUCAAUCAUUCCUACUUCACCAACUCGGUCCUCGUCUGCAUUCUCGUCUCAUCCGCCAUGUUAGCCGCUGAAGAUCCGCUGCAGGCAGAUUCGGCAAGAAACAAGAUUUUGAACUACUUUGAUUAUUUCUUCACAACUGUUUUCACUGUGGAGAUCACGUUGAAGGUCAUUGUGUUCGGAUUGGUUUUCCAUAAGGGAUCAUUCUGUCGCAACGCGUUCAAUCUGCUUGAUAUCCUUGUCGUCGCUGUCUCUCUUGCAUCAUUCGGUCUUCAAACUGAAGCGAUUUCUGUCGUCAAAAUUCUUCGUGUGCUCCGUGUGCUCCGCCCACUUCGUGCCAUCAAUCGCGCCAAAGGUCUCAAGCACGUCGUGCAAUGUGUGAUUGUGGCUGUCAAGACUAUCGGUAACAUCAUGUUGGUCACAUUCAUGCUACAGUUCAUGUUUGCGAUUAUUGGCGUCCAAUUGUUCAAAGGAACAUUCUUCCAAUGCAAUGAUUUGUCGAAGAUGACGGAAGCCGAGUGUCGCGGAGAAUACAUUCAUUAUGAAGAUGGUGAUCCAACGAAGCCUGUGUCGAAGAAAAGGGUCUGGUCGAACAAUGACUUCAAUUUUGACAAUGUUGGAGAUGCUAUGGUUUCCCUUUUCGUCGUGUCCACUUUCGAAGGAUGGCCACAACUUCUGUACGUUGCCAUCGAUUCCAAUGAAGAAGACGUCGGACCUGUGCACAAUUCCCGCCAAGCUGUAGCCCUAUUCUUCAUCGCUUUCAUCAUCGUCAUCGCAUUCUUCAUGAUGAACAUCUUCGUCGGUUUCGUUAUCGUUACUUUCCAAAACGAAGGAGAACGCGAAUACGAGAACUGCGAGCUGGACAAGAAUCAGAGGAAGUGCAUCGAGUUCGCGCUCAAGGCAAAACCACAUAGACGCUACAUUCCACGGAAUCGACUUCAAUAUCGUGUCUGGUGGUUUGUCACCUCUCGGGCGUUCGAAUACGGCAUAUUCCUGAUCAUCGUGAUGAAUACGAUAUUUCUGGCGUGCAAGCAUUAUCCAAGUUCGAAAGGAUUCGAAGAAUUCCUCGAUGUUUUCAAUUUAAUAUUCACUGGAGUUUUCGCGUUCGAAGCGGUUCUCAAAAUUGUCGCGCUAAACCCAAAGAAUUAUAUAUCGGAUCGUUGGAAUGUGUUCGAUCUUCUCGUUGUCGUCGGAUCGUUUAUUGAUAUUACCUACGGAAAGCUGAAUCCAGGCGGAACAAACCUGAUUUCGAUCAACUUUUUCCGAUUAUUCCGUGUCAUGAGAUUAGUCAAACUGCUAUCAAGAGGAGAAGGUAUACGGACGCUUCUCUGGACCUUCAUGAAAUCCUUCCAAGCUCUUCCAUAUGUCGCCCUUCUCAUUGUGCUUCUUUUCUUCAUCUACGCUGUAAUCGGAAUGCAAUUCUUCGGAAAAGUCGCACUCGAUGAUUCAACGUCUAUACACCGGAACAAUAAUUUCCAUUCGUUUCCGGCGGCGAUAUUGGUGCUAUUUAGGAGUGCCACAGGAGAAGCCUGGCAAGAAAUCAUGCUCUCAUGCUCGGACCGAGAAGAUGUUCGGUGCGAUCCGUUGUCCGAUGAAUACAAGAGGAAUGAGAAUCUAACGAGACUUCAUAAUGAGACGCGGUGCGGAAACAAUUUCGCUUAUCCAUACUUCAUCUCAUUCUUCAUGCUUUGCUCAUUCCUGGUUAUUAACUUGUUCGUGGCCGUCAUUAUGGACAACUUCGAUUAUCUGACAAGAGAUUGGUCGAUUCUCGGACCGCACCAUUUAGAGGAAUUUGUGAGGCUAUGGUCCGAAUACGAUCCAGACGCUAAGGGUAGAAUCAAGCAUUUGGAUGUGGUAACGUUGCUACGGAAAAUAUCUCCGCCGCUUGGCUUCGGAAAAUUGUGUCCGCAUAGAUUGGCUUGCAAGAGAUUAGUGUCAAUGAAUAUGCCAUUGAAUUCCGAUGGAACUGUCUGCUUCAAUGCCACACUGUUCGCGUUGGUUCGCACUAACCUCAAAAUCUACACUGAGGGAAACAUUGACGACGCGAAUGAGCAACUACGAUCUGCGAUACGGCGAAUUUGGAAGCGAACAUCACUGAAAAUGCUUGACGAAGUCGUACCGCCGGCUGGAAAAGAGGAUGAUGUGACAGUCGGCAAGUUCUACGCGACAUUCCUCAUUCAAGAUUAUUUCCGACGCUUCAAAAAGCGCAAAGAACUUGAGGCGAAAGGAAUUGUGCCGACGCAAACGCCGCAGGCAAUGGCGCUUCAGGCCGGCCUUCGCACAUUGCAUGAGAUUGGUCCAGAACUGAAGCGGGCAAUCUCCGGAAAUCUCGAGACCGAUUUCAAUUUCGACGAUCCCGAACCGCAGCAUAGACGGCCGCAUUCGCUUUUCAACAAUCUUGUGCACCGCCUAUCCGGCGCGAAAUCCCCAACGGAAGAGAAAAUGGAACGCGGCUCGACAUUGCUGCCCUACCAACCUCGAUCCUUCUCGCCGACUCAUUCGUUGGCGGGGGCUGAAGGAUCGCCGGUUCCAUCCCAACAAUCAAGAUCCGGCCCGAUCAACUCAUCGAUCAAUUUACCGUUGAAUGGCUCUGCUCGUCGCUUACCACUUCUUCCGCCUUACGCGAAUCACGUCACUGAUGAGACAAUGGAUGGGUUGAGGUAUCGGGAUACUGGAAAUCGUGCUGGAAUUGACACCUCCCAUAAUCGGGUAGUGUUUGCUAACAGAAAUCUGCCUGUUGAUCCUGACGAAGAAGAUGAAUGGAUGAGACGCGGCUUGAACCGCAAUGAUAGCAACCGUCGUACCCUUCCUCCGAUCAAGGACCCAAUGGUGAUGGCUCGUGGAGCUGCAUUAGCGAUCGCUGGGAUGUCGUCGGAAGCUUAUGAAGGAACAUACCGACCAGUUGGAGAGGGAAAAUCGGUCCGUCUGCCGUUCUCCUCGAGACCUGUUCUCCGACCGGCAGAGGACUCGAGGCCCGCUGAUAGAUUAAUCGGACAAUCAUUGGGUCUUGGAAGAUACACCGACCCGCGAGUAGUCGGUGCCGCUCGUCGCGAAAUCGAAGAAGCGUACUCGCUGGGCGAGCGCGAAAUCGACAUGGCGGCUGACUCGCUUGCUCCGUUGAUGCAGCACGUCGGAAUGCACGAUAUUCGCGACAUCAACGAGAACUCGCGCAACGCCUUAUUAAGGCCAGCCGAUGGCGAUCCAUCGACGAGCGGCUCGCAAGAAGACCUCCUUCUCGUCACAACCUUAUAA